AGGAGUUUCAUAUUUUGGUGGAGCUGGAGUCUCGUAUUUUGGCGGAGUCGGAGUUGUCGGAGCUGGUGUUUCGUAUUUUGGUGGGGCCGGAGUUUCGUAUUUUGGUGGAGCUGGAGCCUCGUAUUUUGGUGGAGUUGGAGCCUCGUAUUUUGGUGGAGCUGGAGCUUCGUAUUUUGGCGGAGCUGGAUAUUUUGGCGGAGCAGGUGUAGCACCACCGUACAUGGUCGGCUCUGCGAGUGUCACGCUGAGCAUUGCCAAUCCGCAUAGGACAGCCAAAUGGAAAUUCACCUGCCAUGUUUCAUUAUUUAAUAAGAAAGUGAGACUUAACGAUGGCCCACUGCUACGUUUUGCUGGUGGAUCAACAGUUCGACGAAAACAAAUGCCUGCAUCUUUAGCCUGCGCGUAACUUCAUGGUCGCCAGGUUGUGCGGUGGGACUGUUCCAGAAUAACAACAUGGACAGAAUUCAUUAUCGACUUCGGUGUUUCUUGACCCCCAGAAGUCUGACGCAGAGCUAAAAUUACAUCAGCAAAUAACAUGAAUGUUUGUUGAACGGCCUGCAACAAGUCUAGAAUGAUUGGCCGUUCGAUAUAGUCAUGAAAUGGCCGAAAAAAGUGACAAACUAGAGAUCAGUAGCCAACUUAUGGCUUGACCCUUUUCACUGUAAGACGCUCUUGUUCAACUUGUGUUACGCCAAUGGACAAGCAAAGUAGUUGGCCAAACAAUAAGAUGACGACAGUCGUGAAAUAGACGUUCAGCGUUGAUUGAAAGAACAGCAGAAGCUUCACUGCCACUUCAGAGAACGAACGCAUCAAAAAUCGCGAUGAAUAAAAUUGUAAUAGGCUUGCUGUUCGUCGGUGUUUCAGUGUUCGUGGUCGAAGCUCAGCGAACAGUGAUCAGAACGCAAAUCGUUACUGUUUUUUCGAGCGAAAUUGUCUCGAGAAAUUUCGCUUGUGCUAAACUGGUCAACGUGACCGGACAAUGUCGUCGAGGUCGUGGUGGUCUCCUCAUAGACGUGCCCGUUAUUCUAACGUUUGAUGACGAAGUGGAAGAUUCUAUGGAUGACGCAUUUAAUCGAAUGCUACACCAACAAUUCCUACCAACCAGAACGCUAGGCGUGGAGGUGACGCCCUUGGCGAUCGACCCAACGGAUAAUUUACACGACGCAGCCGAUUUCAAAUAUUUCCCCGGCAAUCAAUUUCAUUCCCCUUUGCCAACCAACCACGUCGUCCAAUCGUCACAGAAUCCCAGUGCCAGAAAUCCUGGGCGGAACAAAGUAGGCGCAGAGGGAAUUGAACCGGAGCCACGGAUCUAUUUCUCGCAAAUCAACUCUGUUCUUAACCGGAUUGUUAACAAUUUCAGACUAGUGACCGUCAGAGUCACACGUUACGUUACACGAACAACGCGUGUUACGGCAGGUAGCGCAACAGGUAGCUUCUUCAUUAUGGGAUGUACUCCGAAUCCUUUCACUUUUGCCACCUGCUCAAAAGCUCCUCGAUCCAUCUCUACUUGAUGUGAUGAUUUCAACAUUACAAAGGAUAAUUGUUUCAUUAUUUAUUCAAAU